AUGAAUCGACUCCCAACGGCAGGAUUGGCUCUGGCCCGCAGAUCCCCGACAUCAAGGAGGUUGUUGUCUCCCCUAAAAUCCUCCACCGCCGUUCGGACCGUCUUUGACGACUAUUACGAUGAACGAUUGUGGCUGCAGUCGAACGACGCAGAAAAUGUACGACCUGUCCAAGUCUCCAGCAAACCAGGAUCCAAAGCCUUUGUCUCGUCGAUUGAAGGUUCGGCCGUCGUGGAUUUGUUUUUUCAAUAUGCCACCAAGAGAGACACGGGCAAAACCAGUGGUGAAGCACAAGAGCCCAGUUUGGAUCUGGAAGGAGUCCAAAAUUUGUUGGAGGGAAUUGGGGAAACUCAUGACGAUGAUACCGUACAACGACUCUUUGCCGAAGCCGAUUUGGAUAACUCGGGUUCUGUCGAUUUGCAAGAAUUUUUAUUGGGAGCCGACAAAAUAUUGGGCAGUGCCCCCGCUCGCAUUGUACUCAUUGUGGGUGGACCAGGCUCCGGAAAAGGAGUAUUGUCGCAGCGAUUGGAAAAGGAGGCUGGGUUGGUACAUUUGAGUUCCGGUGAUUUGCUGCGUUGCGAAGUCAAACGACGGACUGUCCUGGGAAAGCAGGUCAACGAAAUCAUGGCACGAGGAGAAUUGGUGUCCAGUGAAAUUAUUGUCACCCUUAUGAAACGGAGAAUGAGAGAUCAUCCAGGAAAGAGAGUGUUGUUAGAUGGAUUUCCGAGGUCCAUGCAGAAUGCAUUGGAUUUGGUAAAAUUAUGUGGCAAGCCCGAACUCGCACUGCAUCUGGAAUGUGACGAUACCAUUCUAAUGGAGAGAAUCAUGUCACGGGCAGCCAAAGCAGCCGAGUCGGAAGGCAAACGGGCCGAUGACAACUUUCAUACAGCGCUGCAACGGUUACGGAAUUACCACAAAUAUCACGAUUCGACCAUCCAAUUUCUGAGAGAACAGCAUGUUCCCAUUGUCGAAUUGGAUUGCAGCGUCAAGCCUGACUUAGAAGCAGUCAGUCUGGAUCUGGACUAUAUCAAAGCUUGUGCAUUGCACCGUUGA